AUGGGUCCAGAGAUAGUAAAAGUGUUUGGUGUUUGGAGUAGCCCAUUUAGUCACAGAGUUGAGACUGCUCUUAAACUAAAAGGUGUCCAAUAUGAGUACAUAGAAGAAGAUUUCUCUAACAAGACCGAUUUGCAUCUUAAGUACAACCCUUUUCACAGGAAAAUUCCAGUGCUCUUGCACAACGGAAAGCGAAUCGUCGAAUCUCUUGUUAUUCUAGAAUACAUCGACGACACCUGGAAAGGUACUCCCAUUUUCCCGGAAGAUCCUUAUGAGAGAGCCAUGGCCCGUUUUUGGGCUAAGUUCAUAGAUGACAAGUUUCGGCCGGCGGUAGUGAAGGCUUAUCGGAGCAGAGAUGAAGAGGAACAAGAGAAGGCCAUCAAAGAAGCAAGUGAGCUCCUUAAACCCCUUGAAGAAGAGCUAGAAAGAAAGGAAAAGAUGUUCUUCGGAGGAGAAAGUAUUGGAGUUGUAGACAUUGUUGCUAACUUCCUUGGAAUUUGGGUUGGAGUUAUUGAAGAAGUUAUGGAAGUUGAGUUGUUGACAAAACAAAAAUUUCCCAAAUUAUGCAAAUGGAUUGAUGAGUUUACUAAGCUCAGUGUCAUCAACCAAAAUUUGCCUCCCAGAGAUAAACUACUUGCCUUGUUCCAAGCUGGCUUCCAACCCCUUUCUGCUUCUAAUUAA